AUGUCUAUCGAAGUCACACCGUCCAAACAGGCCGCUGCUGCCCUCGACUCUUUCAAGAUGGAGUCCCCCGUCAAGAAGCUCAACUUCAACCCCGCCGACAAGGAGAACCAGCCCCUCACAUCCGACGUUGCCACCGCAACCGAGAAGACCUUUGUUCAGACGAAGCCCGCACAAGAGGUCGUGAAGAACGAGAACAAGAUCGUUGUCGCUCCCGGCAUCAAGGAGCAGGAGAAGGAUGAGCCUCUUCUCCAGGAGAACGGCCAGCGUUUCGUUCUCUUCCCUAUCAAGUACCAUGAGAUCUGGCAAAUGUAUAAGAAGGCUGAGGCCUCUUUCUGGACCGCUGAGGAGAUCGAUCUCUCCAAGGAUCUCCACGACUGGAACAACAAGAUCAACGAUGAUGAGAAGUACUUCAUCUCUCACAUCCUCGCCUUCUUCGCCGCAUCCGACGGCAUCGUCAACGAGAACCUCGUUGAGCGCUUCUCCGGCGAAGUCCAAGUCCCUGAGGCUCGCUGCUUCUACGGUUUCCAGAUCAUGAUGGAGAACAUCCACUCUGAGACCUACUCCCUCCUCAUCGACACCUACAUCAAGGAGCCUGCCCAGCGCACGUACCUCUUCAACGCCAUUGACACCAUUCCCGCCAUUCGCAAGAAGGCUGACUGGGCCUUGAAGUGGAUCAGCGACGAUAGCUCGUCCUUCGCCCAGCGUCUGGUUGCCUUCGCCGCCGUCGAGGGUAUCUUCUUCAGCGGUGCCUUUGCCUCCAUCUUCUGGCUCAAGAAGCGUGGUCUCAUGCCCGGUCUGACCUUCUCCAACGAGCUCAUCUCCCGUGAUGAGGGUCUUCACACCGACUUUGCCUGCCUCUUGUACUCUCACCUCAACCACCGCCCUAGCAAGCAGGUCAUUGAGGACAUCAUCGUUGACGCCGUCAAGAUUGAGCAGGAGUUCCUGACCGAGGCUCUGCCUUGCGCUCUCCUCGGCAUGAACUCCAACUUGAUGAAGCAGUACAUCGAGUUCGUUGCCGACCGUCUCUUGGUUGCUCUUGGCAACGACAAGGUCUACAAGUCUUCCAACCCCUUCGACUUCAUGGAGAACAUCUCCCUUGGCGGCAAGACCAACUUCUUUGAGAAGCGCGUUGCCGACUACCAGAAGGCCGGUGUGCUCAACAGCACCAAGAAGGCGCAAGAAGAGACCAAGGUUGAGGGAGAGAAUGGCGGCGACUUCGCGUUCGAUGAGGACUUCUAA